CCCCCCCUCUCUCUCUGUUGUUCUCUCGACAGCUGAAAGUACUCUUGCAAUUGAUACGGUCUUGCCUGCAUAUUUUCCGUGCUAUGGAAGGACAAAUGGAGCCUCAAACUACAUCUUCCAUGGGCGCAAACACCUCUACGGUUGCUGUGAAGGUGUUAUUCUUCGCCAGGGCUCGAGACCUGACUGGUGUGUCUGACAUGCCCCUGGUGGUGCCUACUGGGAGCACUACCGACGAUUGCUUGAACGAGCUGGUCGCCAAAUUCCCAAGUCUGGAGGAGAUUCGCAGCUGCAUGGUGUUGGCGUUGAAUGAGGAAUACACGAGCAGAUCAACUACUGUUCAGGACAAGGAUGAAUUGGCCAUAAUACCUCCCAUAAGUGGUGGCUGAAUCGUGUAUCCGUACUUGCUUAGCAAUGGAGAACUCGAAUUCUUCGCAUUGCUUGAUGUAAAAUAAUAGUUGCUUUGUCUCUUGGAAUAAGUAAAUGUAAAGUAUUGGUCGAAUUGAGCAUCGUGAAAUGGCGAAUAAAAGGAUAUCAAGAACAUAUAACUUCUCAAUUUGAAA